UCAUCCUGUCCGCCUGGCAACACACUUCACAUACUCAGCCAUGUCAUUCAACCCACAGAAGAAACCCGUGAUUGCGGUCGUCGGCGCCGGCCCGGGAAUAGGCGAAGCGGUAGCACGACGCUUCGUUCAAGAAGGCUUCGUCGUGGCCCUACUCGCGCGCACAGAGGACAAGCUACAAACGAUGAGCACCGGCAUCGAGGCCGACUUUGGGAAACAUACUGCCCGCUACUACAUCACUGAUCUUCGAGUCGAGAGCCAGAUUAUCUCGAGUUUUAAAUCCAUCAAAGAAGAGCUUGGCCCCGUGGAUGUCCUGGUGUACAACGCGGGCGCGAGACGUGUAAAUGGGCGCUCGAUUCUAGACACCACGACGGAAGAAUUCGAAAACUUCACCAAGAUCAACUUGUUUGGCGCGUUCUGGUCCACCAAAUGCGUGCUCCCCGACAUGAUAUCUGCCUCAAAGGGCACUAUCAUCUUCACCGGGGCUACCGGCUCACUUCGCGGCAUGCCCGGCCUGUCCAGCUUCUCGCCUGGUAAGUUUGGACUUCGGUCUUUGGCACAGAUCAUCACGCGGGAGUAUCAGAGUCAGGGUAUCCAUGGCGCGCAUCUCAUUAUUGAUGGUCCGGUGGAUGGGAAGUUAAUUGGGGGGGUCAUGAGGAGGAAGUGGGAACAGGCGGGGGAGAAGGAGAAGUUAGAGGAGACGGAUAGGUUUGUUAUGCAGCCAACCGACUUGGCCAAAAUAUAUUGGUAUCUGCAUACCCAGCCGAGAAGCGCGUGGACCCAGGAGUUGGAUGUUAGGGCUCAGAACGAGACAAUGUUUUCAAAGUUGUGA